CUCGCGUUAGCUCUCACGGCACUGGAAUUUACCAUCUAAAUAUUUGCCUUAGACGUCGUUAAAGAUUUAUAAUUCUCCCGUUUAUACGAUUAUCGCGGAGAAAUCGAAUUGUCACUUGAAGCUACCAUCGAACUCGCCUCGAUCCCUAGAAUUUUGAACAUUCUUCGAUUUUAAUUCUGACAUUUUCUUUCCAUAUUCCGAUUGGCAGUUUACGUCUUUUCUCGAUUAACUCCCGAAUCCGAAUGCGGGCGCUUUCACCUUGAAAGGAAAACUCGAGCCUUCUCUUACGAAUUCUUUGUUGUCUACAGAAUCGUAAGCAAAGUAUUGUUGCCGAAUGUAAGAUCGCGUCAUGUAACGUUGUGGCGGUCAUCACAGUUGACAGUUUGACAAAGGGAAUAAGAAAGAGAAACAUGCACCCGCCUAAAUGAAGAAUAGAACUGAAAUGUAAGAAUUGUUUUUGAAAGAUAUCGACCGAACCCGAACACAUGUCCAAAAUGUGUCUGUAAAAGAGUCGAGAAGCUUCGACAGCGGUCCAGAGUUCGCAAAACGAAUAGCCACACGGCACUCGCCAUCGGGACGGAACGCAGCUGCGCUUCCGCGAAUCUCAGUCUAAGUGUACAGUGUUUAAGUCUAGUACAAGUGUUCUUAACUCAAAGUGUUCUCAUUUAAACACUCGCGCUCCAGUCUCCGUUCCUCGUUCCACAAGACCGCGCUCCGGUUUCCCGGCGCGGCAAAGGGCCCGGCAUUAAUACGGACAAUAGCCAAUACUUUUUAUUUUCUUAAUUACUGAGAACGUGGCGUGAGCGUUGCGUAGGAAAAAGAGACGUGCCCAGUUCCUUUCUUCUUAGGCAGAAAAAAAUCGACGUCUUAAAUAUGAGAUUCGUUCGUUUCUGCUUAAGUCUCGUCGGGGCGAUGUUGGCGAUACAAGAAAUUCAAGGAUAUCCGUACCAGCAGCCAUUCUGGAAUUUGCCGUACAACAGCCAGCUAAGGCCGAUGAAGCCGGCGAGCAACGCGACGCAAUUCCCGUGGUACUAUUUUCACCUGUGGUAUCCGGAGCGUUUUCUGAACGUGUCGAUCUAUAACGUGCGGCCGUACGCUUCUUCUCCUCGGCUUUGGAAGGACAAUAGACCAACCGGCAACGACCAAUGGAUAAAUUCGAGUAACGAGCUGCCGAGAACGAUUAAUUUUCAACCCGUACUGAUGAUCGUAUUUCCAACAAUGCCUCAACAAACGACGACCCAGCGCGAACGAGGAACUUCGCCACGGAACGAGGAAGAAGCACCCAUCGAGAAGAGCGAAGAGUCGUCUGCGGAUCGUGGUGUUUCCUCGACAGUCGAGUACCCGACAGUGUUUCUCGAAACGACUACUCGGCCAGAAGAAGAAUUUCCGACGAGCGAGCCGAUCGAACUGGACCGCGAAUCGGUUUCCACCGUCUGUCAAGGAAAUUGCAAAGACGCUGGCGAGGACGAUCUUUCGAGACUAACUGAGGAAGCUCUGCGGAACGAAAAGUUAUUACGUUCCGACGAAUGGAUCAGUGGGCAGAAUGCCACGAAACACGGAGGGCGCGAAAGCGAGCAGCGUGAGAAGGAAGAUACACGGAGGAAAUCGACGGUCGGACCGGCCGACCUCGAGCGUGGACCGCCCUGUCGAGAGAAUUGCUCGGACAAUUCCGGGAACGAUAUCUCGAGGGUCACCGAUAAAACCGCGGGUAGCAGCGAGUCGUCGCGUCACGACGAGUGGAUCGGGAAGCGGAACACCACGAAGAUCUGGUCGCCCGAGGGGGACGACGUCGCUCAGGAGUCAUGGGACCUGCACCCGGCUCCCAUUUGCAGCAACUCGACGUUCUGCGUGCACGCGGCCCACUACCCGGAGGAGCUGGUGAACCGGGCGAUCCGGCGGAACGACAGCUUACGGCUGCUUCAGAGCGUCGACCUGGUGUCUGAGGUCAACAGCAGGCGUCCGAGGUCAGCGAAGUUCGAUGAGCUCAACGACUCGCCGUUCUGCAACUCGAACACGCAGGUGAUCUACCCGCGAUCGGCGGAGACCGCGACGCUGCGCUGGCUCUUCAUCGUCAAUCAGCCCAACCUGCGGCAGAGCGUGCGCAUCGAGACAUGCGCUGGGGAGGGCAACGCGUGCGGCGAGCUGAACGAAUACCUGCCGAUCGGUUACAAGGCCAGCUGCAAGCAGAAAUACAUCUAUCGGGAGCUCAUGACGGUGGACAACGGCGUCGUGAAGAAGGACUCUUUCCGAUUCCCGUCUAGCUGCUGCUGCCACAGGGAGUUUAUCCACUGACCGGUCGAAGCUGGCGAACGAGAAACGAACGAGUCGGUCCCUUUUCACGCUUCUCACGUCCUAAUUACGUUCAUUAGCGAUUCCAAAGUGACGUCGACGAAGAUUUACUUUCGACAUUCGGUAGUGUAGGAUUUAACGUGAUUAUUUCGAGUGUGCUGUAGUUAGUUUUGUCCGAUUUGAGAGACGUCCUGCUAUCGCGGCGCAGGAAUAUCUUUAUGUGGCGUCGUAAUCUUCGAUAAGAAAUGUAAAAAGAAUCGUCGGAGCCGUCACGAGACGAGGAGCGCCGUUCGAACGAGCACCUUUCGGAAUGAGAAAUGCGAUGUUCUCGACAGCCCUGCGUUUUACUUCCGUUUCUCUCGCGUCGUCUCGCGGUACUUGCUGUACGACGAUCGCUCCGAGUGAUCUCUGACCCGCUUACUUUCCGAUUGGGAUAAUCGCGUGGGGUAAAUAGGACACCACGAUGAUCCUCUGACAAAAUAAGACCAAUCGUUACUCCAAGUUUAUCCAACUAUUAACGUUCGUCUAGCAGCUAUCAAAUGUACAAAGUGAUAUUGAAACGAUUCGUUAAUCAAUUCUGUUCGUCGGCGACUCGUUUAACCGUAGAUCUCAGCCGGUCCCGUUCGAAUCCCGCGUCUCUCUCUCGUGAUUUGUAUUAAAUUUUAGGGACUCGCGAAGUGCAGUCUUGCGAAUUUCAAAGGAUUGCGGCGAUUUUUGCGCCGACGCGGCGAAACGCGACGAGGCUUCCGCGUUAGCGAAGAGUUUUUAGCGGCCCGGUCUGCGGAGGGUUUGCGCCCGAGCCAGCGGACGACGAUGACCUCGUCUGCGAGCGAAUUCUCGACGAGCGGGAGGGACGAGGUGGAGCGCGUUGAAGAAUGAAAUCGCGUCACGUUACCUAUCGGCGCCGCGGAGCUGGACGGAGGCACCGUGGAAGUACCGUGUAACUCGAAAUGCAAAUAACGAAACUCCGACUCGGGCGAUCCCUAAACAACGCGGGUCACGCGAGCGCGUACUUUUAUUUCGAGUUCCGACACGAAUGAGGUCUUACCUCGGCCGCGUGCAGUCGAAACGCCUCCGUCCAGUCCCGUCACGCUGAAUUUAUACACACACGAUCUGACUUGUAGUGAGAUGGAGAGCCGAAGGGGCGAAGCGAGACGAGCGUACGGCGCGAAUGGGAGAGAGAAAGGAAUGAGAGUGCGAUUAUCCGAAUUGUACCGCCACUUCGUAGCUUAAUUCCUUAGAUAAGCGCGCCGCCGGGCUCUCGCGGGAGCGCGGCGUCUCUGCCGCCGCGGGUCGCCGUAUCGUUAAGUCGACAGAAGCGGGAACGGGAUGGGGGCACCGCUGCCCAAGUGGGACACGCUGGUUUUUUGUACGUUUCCUAAACGUUUUGUAAAACAUUAGAUAUACAUUUAAGAAACAUAUGUAAAACGAAUACGAACCACCGUGUGCCGCUCGGGCGCGCGAUUAUUAAAACGGAGAGUUCAGGGUUUAUUUUCUUACGGCGUGCAAGCGCAUCUCCGUCGCGGUCGACUUGCGGUACCGCCGCUCAUAAAUAUCCGUCUGUCCCGUUUACAGCCUGCACAAUCUCCUCCUGCGCACAUUCCAGACAGCUCCGUCGACGGGAUUCUCGUACGGACCGAUCGCGCUCACCCGCCGAUUGGUCCGCGCGUCGAAAACCGAAUUUCUUUCUGCCCCUUUACGUCUUCGGCCCUUCGGGAAACACGAGAGGAGGAUAAACGGGUACUUGCGAGCGGUGUACCGCGGGCGGAAAGAGCCGACGGCGAGGGCCCGGCGUAUCUCGGUCGUUGGGCAGCUCGAGUCGCGGUGAGGAACGUUGCUCUCCUUCCAGCGAACAUGUAAUGCAGUCCUAACAGCAAUGAUAUCACUCCGUACUUCUGUAGGAUGUACUGCUGCAAUGUACAUCCCAGAUAGCUAGUUGACGGUGAUCUGUCGUCAUUUUGGCAUCAAAAUGCCCGCCAAGAUGUCAUUUUGCAGGCGUUUCGAUAUCUCUAAAAUUUACCGAAUGAAAGUACUGCCACGGAGUAAAAUAUUCACUCUGUUGGAGUGAACAUUCACCCCGAUAGGGUGAACGUUUCACUCCAUGGCGGUAUUUUCGCUCCAAGAACUUUAGAGAGACGUGAAAAUGAUGACAAAUAACGCCAACUGACUAUCCGGGAUCUGUAAUAUCUUACACUUGGCAGUAUCCUCCGAGUGGGUAUUCUCAGACUCCACGUGUGCUGUUACACGAAACGUACUCGCGCGCGUUUUCCACCCCCCCGAUCGCGCCGUCGUCAAACGUUGCCCCGGUCGACGUGGUACGACCUCGUGACACGCGAGGGGAACACGGCGGAGGCUACGUCUCACGUGCGUGAACUGUCAGAGCUGUCGGAACCGACCUCUGACAGACACCUCCCCCGCGCAGACUGCCAUUAGUGUAUCGAGUUAGGACGAUAAUUAGCGGGGGAACCGAGCCCGCUUGAAUCCCUCCCUCGCGACCGCUGGCCCCGUUUGAUCAUCGGGAUGUUAAUACUGGACGGAGUAUCGAUUCCCGCGUUAAAAAGCGACCCCCUCGCGCAUAUCAUUCGAUGUAUUGUUGCAUCGUGGCGUUGGACGCGCGGGACGCAGUCACCCCAAGGACCCUCCCGUCCUGGAAACUCCCCGCGUAUCCGUGACCGAGAUACGGCCCGGUGAAAGAAGAAAAGAAAGCACAAAGCCGAGCGCAUUCUAUGACAUAUCAUUUAUUCUCGCGCAGUAUGGCGUAGAGGAGAGAAUUGCUGCGUUGAUCAUUUGUGUGGGGACCGAUCAAGGGGACAACUGUGAUAGCCGCGACCACAGCUUCGAGGUGGCAACGUUCCGCCCGAUUGCGUUUGUUAAUUAAUAUCGUUCGCGCGCACGAUGACGGGCGACGUCUUCGCGGCGGGCACGGCGUAUCGCGAGGAAUUUCGCGCGGAGCGAAAAGACAAGCUCUUGUUUCGUCUACCGAAAGUUUAUCGAGGGUCUCGCCACUUGCCGGCGUCACUUUCUGCCUUUCUCGUUUCGAACCAGAGCGCUUUCCCCCCUUCGAAUCCUCUUUAAUUCCUGUCGUUUGCGAGAGACAUCGCGGAGAAGAAUUGACGGACAAUCGAAUCAAAUCUCUGAUCCUCGUAAUCUCGAAUUCUAGUCCUCCUUUCCAAAAGAAAAGACGAAAAAGGACGGAGCGUCCGGACAUGCGGGAUAGAACGAAAUUAUGUACGUGUAUGUACAUUUUAGGUCCUAACGAAUUUUAAAUUAAUUAUCUCGGACUCCCGGGAUUCCCCCGGCGAAUCCCCGGGGGAUUUUCUCUCGCGUAUCCGUCGCAGGAUCAUUUGAAAAUGUGUGACAUGUCGUCGUCGCGUUGUAUAAUUGACGAGUAUACGAGCUUUCGAAUCGAGCAGCCCGACGAUCUUUAAUUCUCUAUAUAUAUACGCAUAUAUAUAUAUAAAUAUAAAUUACUUAUAUAAAAAUAUUAUAUUUCUUGUAUGAGCAAUCGCGUCCGUGCCGCGGAAAUAGACGAGGAGUAACUUUGCGUGAAAAGGUAAAUUCAGAAGUCUUUAUAUCAGUUGCGCGCAAGACCGGUACAACUUUUGGCUCGCAGUUUUCUUUUCUGCGGCAUGGACACGACUUUUUAUGAGAAUACGAGAGAAAGAGAGCAAGAGAGAGAGAGAGAGAGAGGGAGAGAAUGAGAGAACGAACAAGACGUUGGACGACAUGGAAUAUCGAGCCUGAGACUGUAUAAUAAUUAUAAAUAAAUGUACACGUAAGACCAAGAGAAGAUAGCCGUCCCGAUGCGUUUCCUUUAGACAUAAUAUUGUUUCGAACAUUUUGUCGAUUUCUCAAUAUUCUAAUAAUGUCUAAUAGCCCGCGGAGUCACUCUCUUCUCUUCCUAUAGGAUUUGAACGUAAAUCUUGCGUUUAUCAACGGGAACACUUUAAUAAAAGUAAGUCGCAGUUAAUCGAAUCAACGUUUUAUUAAAAAUAAUGAUCUUACAAAUGCUCCGAAAUGGCACCAAUACAUCCUAGUACACAGUUUUGUAUAACAGUGACACAGAGAGAGAGAUAUAUAUAUAUGUGUGUAUUUUUUCUUGUGAUAAUUGCAGCACGGUGGUGCUUGUCGUGUAAAAUAAAAAAAAAGUAAUAUU